AUGGGGCGGUGGUGGUCGCCGGCGUCGGCGGCUGUGGAGCCGCUGUCCGUGCAGCUCCUGCUCCUGGGCGUCGCCCUCGUUGCCGCUUCCUUCUACUCCGGCACCCUCUUCGGCUCCUCCGCGUCCCCGGCGCUCGUACUGCCCCACUCUCGCGCCCCCGAUCGCCCCAUUCCUUCAGGGCCAAAGGUGCCUAUCGUCAUCUCUCCCCGAGUGUUUGCCACCGUCGCGAUCCGCCGUCGGAUGGCAUUUUCCCAGUCCACUUCGUCGGGGCUUCUUAGAAGAAGCGGCUUAUGGUCCCUUGCUGUGGUUGAAAUUUGUGUGGCGGAUUCUAUGUUUAUGGUUGCAGCUUUCGUGUUGACGCUCCUGCAUUUUGCAGAUGUUCCGUUGUUUACAAACAGAGUUUUUCGUAAGUACCGGGCGAAACCAGUCGCAGUUCCAGAUCAUGGAGUUGAUGUGUGUCCUUUGGAAUACAAUGAGUAUGUCCCCUGCCAUGAUGCAGCCUAUAUAAGAAGCCUGAAGAACCUGGAUAGAUCUAGGCAUGAGGAUCUUGAAAGUAUUUGUCCUCCACGAGAGAAACGAUUGUUCUGUUUGGUGCCCCCUCCAAAUGACUACAAGAUACAGAUAAGAUGGCCAACAAGCCGAGACUACGUCUGGCGUAGUAAUGUCAACCAUUCACAUCUUGCUGAGGUCAAAGGAGGACAGAACUGGGUGCAUGAGAAGGGCAAGCUUUGGUGCUUUCCUGGAGGUGGCAUUCACUUCAAACAUGGUGCAUCAGAGUACAUAGAGAGGCUAGGAAAUAUGACAACAAAUAGUACUGGUGAUCUCCAUUCUGCCGGAGUAGUUCAAGUUUUGGAUGUUGGAUGUGGUGUUGCUAGCUUUUCUGCCUAUCUUCUUCCCCUAGACAUUCAAACCAUGUCAUUUGCUCCAAAAGAUGGCCAUGAGAAUCAAAUCCAGUUUGCUUUAGAACGUGGGAAGUGGGAUUGGUGUCGUGUUGAUUGGCAUGAAAAUGAUGGAAUAUUGCUCAAAGAGGUAGACCGUCUUUUGCAACCUAAUGGAUAUUUUGUAUACUCUGCUCCACCGGCUUAUAGAAAAGAUAAAGACUUUCCUGUUAUUUGGGAGAAGCUAGUUAAUAUUACAACAACAAUGUGUUGGAAGCUUAUUGCUAAGCAUGUUCAAACAGCUAUUUGGGUUAAACCUGAAGAUGAAUCCUGCCGGCAGAAAAAGGCUGAUAUGAAGCUACUGAAUAUUUGUGAAUCCAAUGACAACGUUUCACCAUCAUGGAAAAUUCCGUUAAUGAAUUGUGUGAAGCUCAACAAGGACAAAUCCAAUAUUCAGAAAUUGCCUUCCAGAUCUGAUCGCCUAUCAUUUUAUUUCAAGAGUUUGGAGAUGAUAGGAGUCGCACCAGAGAGGUUUGAGAAGAAUAACCAGUUCUGGAAGAACCAGGCUCACAAGUAUUGGUCAUUUCUUGGUGUUGAAAAGACUAGCAUUCGAAAUGUCAUGGACAUGAAUGCUAAUUAUGGCGGAUUUGCUGCAGCACUAAGCAGUGACCCUGUCUGGAUUAUGAAUAUAGUACCCCAUACCAUGACGAACACAUUGCCAGUUAUCUACGACCGUGGGUUACUCGGUUCUUACCAUGACUGGUUGGUGUGA